CUGAGUAUUUACAGAAGUAAAUUAAUUGUUAAGUUGUAAAUUAAUGGGUGAACAAAUUAACUGUCAAAAACAACCAUAAAUCGUAAUAAUUUUGUUUUAAAGAAACUUCAUUAUGCUUUCUUUCAUAACGAUCCAAACAUAAUAGAAUGGGAAAACUACAAGACCGGUCUAUAACCACUUGUCUCUUCCUUUUCUUUUUGCAGGCAUCACAAAUCCAUUGCACCAGCCAAUCACAUGUUCGAAACCGCCUAUACCGAUCAAAGCGAGGGAUUGAUUCGUCAAUAGACACAAGCCACUUAAAUGCGAUUCGUCACUUAAGCGUGUCUCUUUCGCUCCAAAACAUAAGCGGUGUUAACCAACAAGAGCAAAGGGAAAGAGAUAGAAUCGAGAAUCUUCCCGGACAGCCUUCAGUUAGUUUUACCCAAUAUGGCGGUUAUGUGACCGUGAACGAGUCAGCAGGUCGAUCCUUGUACUAUUAUUUCGUGGAAGCCACCAAAACCAAAGAGUCGUCACCGCUUGUUCUAUGGCUAAACGGAGGACCGGGCUGCUCCUCUCUGUAUGGGGCAUUUCAAGAGCUUGGUCCAUUCCGCAUACAUAGCGACGGCAAAACACUCUAUACCAAUCCUUAUUCAUGGAACAACGUGGCGAACAUAUUAUUCUUAGAAUCUCCGGCAGGAACGGGAUUUUCGUACACGAACACAACAACGGAUAUGGAAAAUCCCGGGGACAUGAAAGCAGCAGCUGAUAACUACGUUUUCUUGGUGAAAUGGCUGGAGAGGUUUCCGGAAUAUAAAGGAAGAGAAUUUUACAUCGCUGGUGAGAGUUACGCCGGGCACUAUGUUCCACAACUCGCACAAACCAUCCUUGUCCAUAACAAGAACCAAACCUUCAUCAACCUACGUGGCAUUUUGAUUGGUAACCCGAGUCUGGGCGAGGACGAAAUGGGCGGUGAGUAUGAGUUUUUGGCGAGCCGUGGUUUUGUCCCUAAAGAAACUUUCCUUAGCUUCAAGAAAAACUGCUUAGAUGUUAACCCUUCAGAUGAUACGACGUAUUGCAUCGAUACGAGUCUGAAAUUCGAAGAUAUAUUAGAAAGCAUGAACAAAUACAACAUAUUGGCUCCUAUGUGCCUAAACACCACGUUGACUAACCAAUCCAAAGAAUGCACAACGGUGAUGCAGUUUGAUACGUGCGGAGAGCACUACCUGGAAGCUUACUUCAACCUGCACGAGGUUCAGCGUUCAAUGCACGUCACGAAACAGCCGUACAUGUGGACACUAUGUAGAGAAGCCCUCGGACAUACUUAUUGGAACAAGACGGAUUAUUAUGCAUCGAUGCUACCUAUUCUCAAAGAGCUGAUGAAACAUGAGCAACUUCGAGUUUGGGUGUUCAGUGGAGACACGGAUGCGGUGAUUUCUGUGACAGUUACAAUGUACGCACUGAAGAUGAUGAAUCUAACGGUUGUGACGGAAUGGCUUCCCUGGUUUAGUGAAGGACAGGUGGGAGGUUUCACAGAGGAAUACAGAGGGAAUUUUAGGUUUGCCACAGUGAGAGGAGCUGGUCAUGAAGUUCCUCUUUUCAAACCUAAGGCUGCUCUUACUCUUUUUAAACAUUUUAUCCUGAACUCUCCUCUCCCUCUUACCCCUUGAUGAUCUAUACACUUUGUAAC